ACGCGCGCGUUUCAUACGCAACAAAGACAAAAGAAAAAGAAGAGACGAAGCAGAAGAAGUACGUCUGAUAAUGAAGUUUAAUUUCUGUUUUCAGAUUAGCAUGAAUGUCUUUGGGCAGAGAGGGGAGAAAAUUAUAAGUGGUGUUAAGUAGCGACGGCAGGUGAAAAUGGAGUUGGACAAUAAAUUAGCAACAAGUCGUUGGUGAGGUACAGUUACGAGUCUAUAUAGAAGACUGGCAAACCAAGUUGCUCGAUCAUUCAUCUUUGAAUAUCGUGGAAGAUGAUACGCGCAUUUAUCUCGCUGUUUCUAGCGAGUCUGUCGAUCGUCUCGGUCUUACCCCAAGUGACGUCAUAUGCGAAAGUGUCGAAGAAUGGUCAAGAAGAACCGCGAGCAAGCAACGAUCCGUGGAUCGUCAGUAAUGGAACGGAAGCGGAAGGUAGGAGUAUCAAGAACAUCGCGAUCACUAUGUCACCGGUUUAUAUUUCACCGAAAAUCCAGAAUCUGAGGAACGGCGAAGCGAUCAACUAUUCCCCUGGUAGAAGAUACUCGACGUUGGACCACGAAUUAAUAGCACAAUUGAACGCAAAGAAACAGAUUCAGGAUAGAUACCAUCCAGCACCGUUGCUUAACUACAAAUCCAAGAAGGAGCAAUCGAAAGACACGGAGGACAGUUCGAAACCUUCGAGUAACUCGAAUGGUCCACCGACCGGUCCAUCGUCUUCGGGUAUGUUUGAAUUUUCUAAUCCAACGUUUUCAGAGGGCUACGACUAUAAGCCGCUAGAUUACCCGAGCAGUAAGCCGAUUUCAAAGCCGCCGGAUUACCUCAGUGACAAACCGAUCUCCAAGCCAAUGUCCAUGGACGAUUACGCAGAUUCUGAGAUGAGCGACAAGCCACCAGAUUCCUACAAACCGGAUUCCUACUUCGCGUCCCACGACCAUGACUCCUCCGACUACUCCGACAAUCCGCCCGACACGUCUUACAACAAUGAUGCAGCACCGAAACCGAUCAAGUAUUCCGGCCAUUUGGAUCAUCCUCCCUUCAACGACGACGACAACGACGACGACGACGAUCCUUAUGGCCAACAUCACGACUUCCAUCACGAGGUGAUCUACGAUCACAUUCCUGAAUACCACGAGCACCAGACAAUGGCACCAGAAAUGAACGAUCAAAGACUGAACAAGAGGCCGUAUUCGUAUUACUACGUAGGCAAGAAGCUUUGGUACGUUCCACUGUACUUCAGCAUUUAUUUUAUCAUCUACAUCGCGGCUCUGGUGUUGAAGAGCAUCGCCAGACACAAGAUCACGUUCCCUGCGCAUCUAGCGGAUGCUGUGGCGCAUACAAGAUCGUACAGUGAUUUUAGUUGGUGGGAUUUUGCGGGAGAAACGCUGCGGAGUGUCGAGAGCUUCGUCGACAAGUAUGGAAAGAUUUCUUAGAGUAUUUUUAUCGAUCGUUUGCGGAUCGAGGAUCGAUUUAGAGUGUUCAGAUAGCAAUUAAGUUGAUGUUGUUAGAGUAUAGUCGAUAAGUAUAUAGUUAAGUAUUUUAUCGGUUUGCUAAGGAUAUACAGUGGCUAUUUGUUGUACAUCGUUGUUACUUGUCGUUAUACAUCUACGUAUUAAUCGAUUAGUUGAAAGUAGAGUGAGAGUCAAAAGUGAGUAUACACCAAAAGAGAAAAGAAAGAGUUUCGUAUAAUAGUGAUUUAUUUAUAUAUUUAGCUUUCGUUCGAUGAACGAAA